AUGAGUGUAUUCAGCACAUCUAAUAAAGAAUUCAAUGAUUUACACCUUAGAUCCCUUCUUGCUUCAGCUAAAACUCCUCAAGAAUUGCAACCAGCUAAAACUCCAUUCUUUGCCCUUGAAUUUAAUACAUCUCAUCCUCGUGUCUAUCAAGCUCCAGAUGGUGGGUAUUAUAUUAAUCAAUUUCUUCAUCCUAAUCCACCCCCAUUCUAUCAAUUUAGCAAAGAAAUCCAGGAUCAGAAUUAUUACCAGGCAAUUUAUAAAGAAUUGGAAGGUGAAGUUUUACUUGUUCUUGAAGAAAUGUCUAACUCAAAGUCUGGUGACUGGAUAGCAUUUGCAAAUCGAUUUAAAGACUUUAUUGAUAAUAAAGAUGACCGAAGAUAUUUCAUUCCAGAUGUUUCAGAUAAGUAUGUAGAAAACGGAAAGGGCUUGGAUUUGAAUCUGACAAAUGGAUCUCCUGAAGCUUUGGACUAG